UCAAGCGAAACAAAUCUCCUGACAGGAGAAAAGUUCAUGCUGGAGUUUCUAAAGACCUCAGAAGGCCUUAUGAAGUCCAAGCUGAACAUGGAGAGUUUGACCAAGCCGGAGUUGCUGAUGCUUUUCAGCAUUCUGGAAGGAGAGCUGGAGGCCCGGGACCUGGUCAUCGAUGCCCUCAAGGCCCAGCGUAAAGAGCUGUUCAUCCAGGAGCGCUACAGCAGGUACAACCUCAGCGACCCCUUCCAGGCCUUGCAGAGGGACAGCGAGGCCGUCGGGGACCAGAACAAGGACCCGGGCUGUUCCUCCUCCACCUCCAACCCGCUGGUGGUCCUCAAACUGGUGGUGAGCCACUGCAGGAGGAUGCAGGAGAAGAUGUUGGCCCAGCUGGCUGCAGCGGAAAGCAGGCACAGACGGGUCAUUGCAGACCUGGAGGAGGAGAAGAGGAGGCACGCUGAGGACACAGCGGAGGGAGAUGAUGUCACUUACAUCCUGGAGAAGGAGAGGGAGCGCUUACAACAACAGCUGGAGUUUGAGCGCAGCCAAGUCCGGCGGCUGGAAAAAGAACAGCGGCGGAUUACUGACCAGCUCGAAGAAGAGCGGAGUCAGCACAAACAGCUCUCCUGCGCUUUGGCCAAAGAGUGCAAGUGGGCGAGCACCAGGGCUCUGGAGGAGGGUCACCGGCUGACGGAGCUGAGCCGGAAACUCGACACGGAGAAGGAUGCUCGUCAGGCCCUGAGGGACGAGCUGGAGGACGAGAGGAGGAGAGCCCUGAGAAUGGAGGCGAGGGUGGAGGAGCAGCUGGCGGAGUUCGACACGGAGCGAGAGCAGCUCCGCUCCCGGUUGAGGAAGGAGGACGCUCACUGCUGCAUGCUGCAACGACAGUUGGAAGAGCUGAAGAGGACGCUGGAGGAGGUGACCUCGAUGAGAGAAGUUAGAGGGGCGGAGGCGGAAGGACACGAGUGGGCCACCAAGGUCCCUCUCGGAAAGACAGCGGGAGACGCUUUGACGGCGGACGCCGUCGAGGAAGACGGAAACGAGCGACCCGCUCAGCCGCAAGAUCACCGCCGGCUGAUGGAGAGCGGCGGGCGCCGCGGCCCGAGCGACGCCCUCUCCGAGGACGUCUGCGUCCACAACGGGAAUGAAAAUCCUCAAAUUCCUCAGACCCCGGCGCCGUUGUCCUCCUGCUCCUCGCCCGUCCUCGCCAAACCCCCGCCGGGCGGCCCCGGCCCCGGUGGCUACCAGUCUCCCUACCAGGCCGGCAUCAACCAGCGUUUCCACGCCGCCCGUCACAAGUUCCAGGGCACCGUCGACCCAGAGCUUCCGGCCCCGCCCCCCCAGCCCGCGGACGUCUCCCCGGUGACCAGCAGCUGCUCCCUUGAAACCAGCCCGGUCAAGCAGAUGGCCCGCAGCACGGUCACUCAGGCCCUGUCCCGCUUCACCACGGCGCAGCAGAGCGCCGCCGCCGCCGCCGCCGCCGCCGCCACGCCCAAGCUCGCCGCGCCCAACAAUUCGCCCUUCGGCACGGACUACCGCAGCAUGGCGGCGCCCUUGUCUCCGGUCAUCGGGCGGGCGGCCGGACGUGACCUUAUCCCACUUCCUCAGGGGGUCAGGUCACCCACCAUCUCCAGGGCAGACAGGGGCAACCCCCCCCCCAUCCCCCCAAAGAAGCCCGGGCUGGCACAGGCCCCUCCCUCCCCGGCCACGCCGCCCAGGUCGGCCGGCCACUACCCCGACGGGCCGCUCUCCGGCAGCUGCGGCCUCACCUCCAGCCAAGAGGCGGUCAAAGAACUGGACAUGGUGGUUUCUUCCAACUGAGCCGAUCACGCGAUUCACGGAGAAGUCCGUCGGCCGCUGCUCUGCGUGUGACACGAGGGUUUUAUCCACAGCUCGUAUUUACGGUUGUUGAGAUAUUGUUUUGUGAUAGGAUUCAUAUCCGAUGCUUUCUGAACAGAGGUCCCUUCAAACACUGUUACAUUUGUAUUUAUUCUUUGUUUCCCUUAUAAACGCGUUGAGGCACUUCGUUCUGUCGUGCUCAAAGGGCUGGACUUCCACACGGUCGUUUGUGCUACAUGUGCCAAUCCUGUAUGUUUGGCUCACCGCAACUAUUAGAAUACGUCUUUUUUUAUGGCGUCAUACUUCCAAAGAAUGAAAAUCUGUUCUUCACAAAACGGUAUUGUUUUAUAUGGAUGUUGCUCGUUUGUUAAAACAAAUCUUUAAAUCUUCAGACCAAAUGUAAAGUGUGUUACGAUGUAUAGCUCAUGUACUUAGUUGUUUUUUUUAAUACAAAUGUAUAGAGUAUUUUAUUAAUGUUCCCUAGUUAUUAAUGUACAAUAGUUUAACAGAUAAUCUAAUACAUUUUGUACUGAGCUUUGAUCAUGUAUUUGUUUAAUUUGCAGUUAUUUUACAGGCUCAGAUUAUAUGCAGGCACCAUCAUAUUGUGUAUAAGAGUGGUGAUUCUGAUGAAUGCCUUUGUCAUUCAAAAGGAAUCAUAAUGAAACAUGCAAUUAUGUUAGUCCACCAUGAGUGAUUCAUACUGUAUCAUAACACAUAAUACUGUCCUGUUUUUUAUUUCUACUUUUGCAGUCCUGUAAUUUCUGGCAAGUAAAAAAUAUAAUAAAUUAAUCUCAAAGAUUGUUCCAUAUGUA